AAGAAGUGAAGAAGAAGAAAAAUCCAGUUUCCAAUACCUGGAAGAGAAAACUAAAUAACUUUACUUCUGUUUUGAAAAAAUCUUUCCAAGAACUUUCUUCAGAGAUUUUACAAAAAAGAUUUAUCAUGAAGAAAGAACAUAUUUUUUUGGCUUCUGUAUAUCUACUGCUUAGUUUUGCUGCUAUGCUUCUUAGUGCUGAACCUGAGGAGGAUGAAGAACAUACAAAUAUUACAGUAGACGCUGAGUUGCCACCACUGAAGCUGGUACACUCCUUCUGUGCAAUGAAGGCAGAUGAUGGGCCCUGCAAAGCAUUGAUGAGAAAAUUUUUUUUCAAUAUUUUCACUCAACAAUGUGAAGAGUUUAUAUAUGGUGGAUGUGAAGGAAAUCAGAAUCGAUUCGAAAGUCUGGAAGAAUGCAAAGAAAAAUGUACAAUAGAUUAUUCAAAGAAGACUAGGAAGAAAACUUCUCAAAAAGAAAAGCCAGAUUUCUGCUUCUUGGAAGAAGAACCUGGAAUCUGUCGAGGUUAUAUUACCAGGUAUUUUUAUAAUAAUCAGUCAAAACAGUGUGAACGUUUCAAGUAUGGUGGGUGCCUAGGAAAUCUAAACAACUUUGAAUCACUGGAAGAAUGCAAGAACACCUGUGAAGACCCUUCAAAUGACUCCCAGGUGGAUGUUUAUCAAACUCGACUCGACACUGUAAAUAAUAAUUCUGUUACUCCUGAACCAACCAGUGUUCCCAGCCUUUGGGAAUAUCAUGGCCCCUCAUGGUGUCUGGACCCAGCAGACAGAGGAUUGUGUCAUGCCAAUGAAACCAGAUUCUACUAUAAUUCGGUCAUCAGGAAAUGUCGCCCAUUUAAGUAUAGUGGAUGUGGGGGAAAUGAGAACAAUUUUACUUCUAAAAGAGCAUGUGUUAAGGCAUGUAAAAAAGGUUUCAUUCAAAGAAUAUCAAAAGAAGGACUAAUUAAAACCAAAAGAAAAAGAAAGAAGCCAUCAGUGAAAAUAGUAUAUGAAGAAAUUGCUAAGAAUAUAUGA